ACAGGACCCGGGAACUAUCUCUGCUUCUGGGCCUGAGGAAGACAUAACCUUGUGACUGCCUGCUCACCCCAGUCUGGUCCUGCUAGGCCCUCAGGGUCUGAGACGCUGACCUUCACCGCCCAGCCGAGGGUACCACGGACUCCACCCCCGUGCAGCUGAGGAAACCCCGGGGUGUCUUUACACCCGUGGAUACUGAGGAGUGGGCGGUCAGGGCACCAGAGCAAGCGCCCUCUGGGGCCUUAGCAGAGGAGUGAAACUGGAACCAUCAGGGAACAUGAGUGAAUUUUGGCACAAACUAGGUUGCUGUGUGGUAGAGAAACCCCAGCCGAAGAAGAAGAGGAGACGAAUCGACCGGACCAUGAUCGGGGAACCAAUGAAUUUUGUUCACCUGACUCACAUUGGCUCUGGGGAGAUGGGGGCCGGAGAUGGACUUGCCAUGACAGGCGCUGUCCAGGAGCAGAUGAGGUCCAAGGGAAACCGAGACAGGCCAUGGAGCAAUUCUAGGGGCUUGUAGCUCUGCCAGAAAUGGUUCUGCUGUCUGAAGCGUCUACUCCAUGUCCAGCCCAGAAGAGAUGCUGCCCCUUCUAGAACCAGUGACCCCAGGGCCCCUCUUUUUCCCUUUCUGCCUAUCAGAAGGCUUGGGGGCUGGACUCCCUCUAUUCCCUCUGGCUAUAGCCCCUCCUGGAGAUGGGGUCAAGGCAGCAGGACUGACCAAGUGACUACUGGUUGGCCAGAGGAGCUCAGUGGAAGCCCUUGGACACUCUCAGAUCUGAGAUAGGAGUUCUUUGGGAACCCGGGGUGAGUUCCCUUCUCCUGAAUGACGGUCUGGGUGCUACCGGUUUUAAACUCUUAACCUGAAACUCUUUAAACAGGGUAGGUGAGUGAGAUUCCCACAGUGGAAGCUGGCUUUGCUGAGAAGCUCUCCUUACCUCCCUGCCCUUCUUCCUCCGCCUGGAAUGAACUGAAGCAGACAUCAAGCAGGGAGAGGGGGGAAGGGUGACCACUGCCUCGUCUACUCUUUCCCACUAGAUCUCAGACUUUAAGCUCCCAGUCCCUCAGUAUCUCUCUGCGACUACCAGGGUCUUUCUCUAGUUAGGCCUCUAACCCUGUCUCUGUAGCUUUGUGAGUUCCUCCAACAUCUUUCUUCUGUCUUUAAUUAAAAAUUUAAUUUGAGUUCUCCUAAUGACCUCCCUCCUUCUACUACAUCCCCGCCAGGAACCCUCCUGUUUCCCAUUGAUUAAGACCUAGGUAAGAGGUGAAUUUAGCCUGAUGGUAUUUCCACUUAACUCUUGGGUACCUUGCCUGCCCUCUGCCAAUCUCCCUGCUGGCCCAGGUGAGGGAGAAGGAGGGAUCUGGAGAGAAACCCAGAAUGUUGCAAAACCAGGAGGUAGGUCUCUGAGCGGACCUCCAAACCAUUGAGGACGGGAGGGGUGGUAGGCUGAAAACAAUUAUCUGUAAGUUUAAGGAUCUUAAGGUCCUUGCCACAUGAGAGCAGGACACCUCUAGGGCACGGAUUCUCAACCCAGGCACUUCUGACCUUGAAUUGGGUAAUUCUUUGUAAGGGGGUGUUGUCCUGUGCAUCAGAGGAUAUUCCGUAACAUAUCUGGCCAACCCUAGUUAUGACAACCAGAAAUGUCCAGAUAUUGCCGAAUGUCUCCUUGGGGGCAAAAUCACCCCUGAUUGAGGGCCACUGCUCGAGAGUCAAGGUAUUUCUCUUGAGAGUGUUUUCCUCACCCUCCACCCAUUUCAUCAUUCAUCAUCCUCAGCCUGAGCCAGAGACGAACUAGGCCCUCUGGCAAAGCAGGCUAAAUAGGGCCACACAUAACCUCACAAACAGGCUCUUUAUUCAGUGUGUGGACGGAGUGGACGCAGGAGCAGGGUUUAGUGAGAUCGGGAAAGGGAGGGAGAAAAAGCAGUAGAGCGCGCCACGGAUGCCCUGGUGUAUCCUCUGCAAACUUUAAGCUCUAUGUCUGUGCCCCGCUCCUAGAACCAGACACAAAUAAGACUCAGGGAGUUUUGUCUGAAGACCACGUCCCACUCCCCACCUGGCUGGAGUCUGCAUUAGGUGGGAAAAUAACGCAGGAACAGGGCCUUCAGGCAGUUUGUUUUCUCAGGUGUUUUUUCUUCUGGCCCCUUCCUUGUGGGGUGGGUAGGAAGGCAGGACAAACCCCGUGAGCUCCUGCCUGCUCGGAGACUGAGAGGGUGGGGUCUCUCAUUAGCUCAGUAACGACCAGCAUCCUGUUUGAUGGUGAUGUGGUCAGGACUAUGGGAACUAGGGUCCACUCUGCUGCGUCCACCAUCCGUCCAGUUUGCCCCUCCUCUAGUGACGGGUUCUAAUUGUGUCUCAAUUUCAGUGUAUUUCCUGCCACUUAGGGUCUAAAAUUGGUCGUACAUUCCUGAUUUACUGUUCGAAUCUAGCUAGUUGUUCUGAAAAUAGCUCAUCUUGUCCUAAAGUAGCUUAAUGGCCUGAAGGUUACACUCAAUCUGAAGGUUUAACAGGAUAGGGUGGAAAGAUGGGGGACAUGUGGACUCGGGUCACCCUGGUCUUUAGCCUUAUUCUGAAGUCUUUUCUAUGGACACAGUCUUCUUUGGUGUUCUCUUGCCUUUAGCUAUCUUUUCUAAUAUGUAUGCUACCAUCACUUUAACAGUAUUUAAGAGUGAUGGCAAUGGGUUCAAGAGUCAUAAUUUAUAUUAAAAAUGUGUUGGACUUUUAAAUACAUUUUUCAAAUAAAAAAUGUUUAAGCAAAA